AUGAUGAAGUCGUUCCGCGAUCGUCUCCCGGCGCCAGCUGGUCAACGCCAUGACCUCAGUCCCUGGUCGGUACUGAAGCAGUCCAUGGGCAAGGAGCUCACCCGCAUCACGAUGCCGGUGGUGUUCAACGAGCCGCUGAGCUUCUUGCAACGGAUGACUGAGAAUGCAGAGUACUAUCCGCUGCUGGUUCAAGCGAACAACAGCGACGAUCCUGUCAAUCGAAUGGAGCUGGUGACCGCUUUCAUUGUGUCUACCCUUUCGUCCAACCUGGAUCGCUUGAACAAGCCAUUCAACCCUCUACUGGGAGAAACUUACGAGCUCCAACGGGAAGACUAUAAGAUUGUCUGCGAACAGGUCAGCCAUCAUCCGCCCAUAUCAGCUUUACACAUGGAGUCUCCAAGUGUGAUUUUCGAAGCGAACUUAUGCCCGAAAUUGCGUUUUUCGGGAACUCAGAUCAUCAUAAAGCCCGAAGGGCGAAUGAGUCUGACGCUAAAAAGGCUCCAGGAAACUUAUUCCUGGAGUCACGUGAACUGCGUCGUCCACAAUAUUCUGGUCGGGAAACUCUGGUUCGAGCAGAACGGACAGAUGCACAUAAGUUGCAAGCAGAGCAGCCUGCAAGCUUCGAUCAAAUUCAAGCCGGCGGGCUCCGACCAGAGGGACCUGCAUCGCUUCGAAGGACACAUCAUCGACGGUGAUGAGCGCAAAAUACGGUGCGUAUUCGGAAAAUGGACAGAGUACUUGAAGGUCGCCCCAUAUCACGAUCUGGACCACAGCCCUCGACGCACCUCCGAAGGUCCGCGGAAAAUGUACGCCAAGUUGAACAGGCUCACGCAGUCGCUUACGGUCGGGAGCUCACCAGCCGGGAAGAGCUCAUCUGCUGAAGACGACAAUCUCGUUCAUCCCGACUGGCGGCUCCUGUGGGAGGCAAACAAGCGUCCAGAGCAUUCCAAGGACCACUAUAAUUUCACCAUGUUCGCGGUCGCGCUCAACGAGCUUCCCGAGGGGGACGAAUUGCAACGCUUACCGAGAACGGACUGUCGAUUCCGACCAGACAUCCGUAAGCUGGAAGAGGGCGACCUAGAUGGAGCUGCGCUGGAGAAAUCUCGGCUCGAAGAGCAGCAGCGUGAGCGCCGAAAGGCUCUGAAGAAGGAGGGCAAACAAUGGGAACCCCUCUGGUUCAAGGAGACGCCAGAGGGUUCUUGGGCUUUCACUGGACAGUACUGGAAGAGGGAAUUCUCCGCUGCUCCGGAAAUUUUCUAG